AUGUUUCUAGGUCUGCUGAAUCCGCAUGCCCCACAUGGAAAAUUGCUAGCUGUGGGGCUUGUGGCCGCUUGGACCUCCAUUGCUGCCGCUGCUUCGUCGCUGAGCGAGCAGGUAUGGUGCAGCCAGAAAUCUUUCAAUUGCAUGCCCUGCUCUAUGAUAUACAUUUCUGAUGCAUAUCCCGGCACCUUCACGCCACCGCUUGCUCAACAUAAUGGCUUAGCUGACGUACCUGAUUCUUCUGACUUGUGCAAAGGACUCACUAAUGACCUUGAUGUGCCUGUGCUUUUGGAAUCGCACCGGCAACUUGUUGGUGAAGGUUCCCACCGCCGUCUUGUCUAUUCCAUGAAAUUUGGUAACAGCGAAGAUACUUUGGUAAAAUUCCUUGAUGACUAUGAUGCGAAUCUUGUGAUAAUUGAGAGCCUCCCUAGUGGGGUCUUUGUUGACCCAUUCGAGCUGCAUCAUUUUGUUGAACGAAAAGACACAAACCUGGAGCUUCCCUCAGCUCUGUCCAACCUGUCAGCUGUUGAGAUUCAUUUUGAUCUCAAGCCAAGCACAUCAAUGAACUGCAACCUUGUGAUGGAGCUUCCUCUCCAUGCUAGAUACCCAUCUCUGGAUGCCAGCGGUUAUGCAACGGUCGAGUUCGGCAGCCCUGACCUGCUCCUCCGUUACAGAAGAAAGGAAACCCACCCUAAUUCCUGCCUGUGUGUCCUCCAGAAUCUCGACGCGAUGCCUGUGGAGAAAGCCACGUGGCGCAUACCCUGUGGCAAUGAGGCGCACACAGGAUUUGUAUCUAGCCUCACUUUCAUUUCGGCUCUGGUUUGCUCCAUGUCCAUAGUCCUAGCAGCCUCCCUGGUUUCUUGA